AUGACCACUAGGAUCUUAAUUUCACAAGCUUCUAGAAGGCUAGUUAGGAAUAAAUAUGUACUGAACCCUUUGCUUGUGCUAGCCAGGUUCAACUCUAGCCAGGGUCAAUACAAUUACAAUUACAACCAAUCAUACAAUUUUCAGCCACCACAGCCCAGAACUUCAAUAUUCAAGAAGUUUCUAUACACAACAUUAGGGUUCAUAGGACUAACUGGGGCAGCAUACUAUAUAUGGUGGCCAAAACAUACAUUUCCUAGUUCAGUUGCUAAGAUUUUAAGAAAAGGGUUGUGGGCUGAAAGUGAUAAAGGUGAAAAUGACUAUCAGUUAGCUUUGAAAUAUUAUUUACAGGCACAAGAGCAUUGUCAAGAGAUCAAUAUGGACCCUUUGUCAGAUGAAUACACUGGUAUUCAAUUGAAAAUUGCUGAAAUGUUUGAGAGAUUGAAUAUGAAAGCUGAUGCUUCUUUUGUGUAUAAUGAAAUUGCUACCUUGUAUUUAACGGUGCUUACGGCAUCUCCUGAUUCGAAGCAUGGUAAGAGAUUGAAGAGUCGAGAACAUAGACGUCAUUUGAUUCAAAAAGACUUGAGAAUUGCCAUUAAGUUGGUGGAAAUGAAUAGAGAGAACCCUCAGCUUUGUAAAGCUAUUCUUGUGACUCAUUUGAUAAUUGCGCAAGAUGAAGUGAACAAGGUGUUAACCAGCCCUAAACCAUUGAGCUUAGUUAAUAGAGCAGAUAGUAAGGAUGAUGUCAACACAUACACUGCUACUCUUGAUAACGACACUAUUGUGAUUAACGGGAAUCACGGUGAGGAAUUCCGGGUCAAAAAGACUCCAGAAGUUUGGGAGCCAUUCACCGAUGAGUUCUUCAAUGCUAUGGACUUAUUAAGUGCCAUUUGCAUCUCCUCGGGUGAUUUGGCCAUGGCAUCAAAGGUGAAGAUAUCUAUGAGCGAAGCUAUGUUAUUAGCCGAUGUGGAACCUUCCAAGAUGUUAUUAUCGCAAUGUAAUUUAGGUUCAUUAUUAUACAUGCAAGCCGAAGAAUUGGAAGCUCAAGAAAUCUCCUUAAGACGGAAAUUCUCAGAUUUGACAGGAAUAGAAUAUGAAAGGUUAAAGACUGAAUCAUUGUUGCAGGAUCAAGAUGACAAGGAGCUGAUUCAGGAAACUUUGAAAACGAAAGUAUCAGCUGAAGAUCAAGAAUUGUAUGAUAAGGUCGUCAGUUCUAAGAAUGUGUGUAUUCAAUUGGCCAUCAAAUCAUUUGAAUCAGUGCUUGAAUUUGCAAAGACCGUACCGCAAGAAAUAAUAAAGCAACAUAAUGAAAUUAAUGAAACAGUUGCUUUGGCAACUUAUGGGUUAGGAGUUGUGAAUUUACAUUUAGGGGCAUAUGAUAAAGCAGAAAGAUUAUUACGUGAAUCAAGGGUACGUUCUAGAAAGUGUAAUUAUUCUUAUUUGAUCCCAGAAAUUGAACGAGAAUUGGGGAAAUUGUUUGAUGAGAAAAAGAGUAUGAAGCUGGGUAUUCCUAGAAAAGAUGAUUUACGUGAUAUUGAAAUGGAUAUUCUCUUGAAAUAG